CCGCCCGCCAUCUUGCCUCCUUCGUUGCUGCCUUCCUCUGCAGCCGCCAAGGCCUCCCUCCCUUCCUCUUUCUUUCCGACGAAGCUCCCUUGGGGCGCCAGGGAAAUGAGGAUUUUGUGGAACCUCCUCCUGGGCGCAGAAAGGAAACCAGGAGCAUAGGAAGAAGAAGAAGAAGUCCUCUCAAGGUGAUGAUCUUGCUGAAUUCCUGACCUUACUUACAGAUAAGAAAGCAAAAACAAAGAGUCAAGUAUCUGUGUUGCAAUUAGACACUCUCGUCACUGUUAACAUGAAGGAGAAAGCAUCUAAAUGCCUGGCGUGUGGCAAGAGCUUCACUCGGAGGGUUCAUCUGCAGCAACACGAGAGGACUCACACUGGGGAGAAGCCUUACGAAUGCCUGGAGUGCGGAAAGAGCUUUGCGCAGAGUGGAGACUUACAUAGACACCAAAGGACUCACACUGGGGAGAAACCUUAUAAAUGCCUGGAGUGCGGAAAGAGCUUCAGUGAGAAUGGAACUCUACGUUUACAUCAAAGGACUCACACUGGGGAGAAGCCCUAUACAUGCCUGGAGUGCGGGCAGAGCUUCACUAGUAGUUCAGGUCUACGUGCACAUCAAAGGUCUCACUCUGGGGAGAAACCCUAUACAUGCCUGGAGUGUGGCCAGAGCUUCACUGAGAGUGGAGGCCUACAUUCACAUCAAAGGACUCAUACUGGGGAGAAACCCUAUAAAUGCCAGGAGUGUGGAAUGAGCUUCACUCAGAGUACAAAUCUACGUUCCCAUCAAAGGACUCACACUGGGGAGAAGCCCUACACAUGCUCGGAAUGUGGACAGAGCUUCACUCAGAGAGUUCAUCUACACAGACAUCAAAGGACUCACACCGGAGAGAAACCCUAUAAAUGCCUGGAGUGUGGACAGUGCUUCACUGUGAGUGGAAGUCUACGUAGACAUCAGAGGAUUCACACUAGAGAGAAACUCUCUGAACAUAUGUAGUGUGGAAAGAGCCUGGAGAGUUGGAAUCUACAUAGACAUAGAAUUCACAUUGGGGAGAACAGUGGUAUUUGACCCCAGGCUCUCCAAGACAGAGCUUUCCAAGAUUGACGUGUUGGAGACGUACUUUUUAGACACAUGGUAAUUCAAUUUAACUAGCAAACCGGAGGUUAAACUAACCCCAUAUACAAUUCUCCAUAUGUAUAAUGUAAUAUAAUAAUAUAUAGAGAUAAGUUUCAUAUAACCUUUACUGUAUAAACAAUUAUUGUGUAGUUUCCUCUAUGGGCCGCCUGGUGGCGCAGUGGAUCCACUCAGUGAUGUGG